AUGGCGAGUUUUAUUGAAGAAAUAAUUGAAAACACCUGGUCUUAUGGAUCUAAGAAAGAAGGUACGAAAAAUGAGGCCCGCAAAUGGGGCUUUACAAUCUAUCGAACCUACUACAGCGAGGAGGCCGAUGAGGCCUGGCAAAUUCUGCUGUACUCUCUCAGACACCAGACUAAAUUGGCCUUCGGCGCUUUCGAAAAGGGAGCGGACGUCGAACAUGACGUAGACCCAGACGACAUCCAACGACUGAAGGAUCUAUUCUAUCUCGAAACCCGCCAAGAUCGUUCCCAACUAGAAGGACUUGACGUUCGAGGUCUCCGGGAGUUCUGCAGAGCUGAACGGUCCAGGGAGAAAGAAAUCAUCGAGACGACAAACAGAAGAUCCUCCAAGUUUACAAGACCCAGAGAGACUCAAGGAAUGGGAGAUUGA